AUGCCUUUUGCGCUCCCUCCCUUCAUCGCUCGCCUCGCGCGACCCUUGACCACUUCCACAACCCUCCAUCUCGCCUCCCCCUCCAACUCUGAGUUCCCCGCCGGCUCGGCAACCGCCACCAUCGCCGCGGGCUGCUUCUGGGGCGUCGAGCACAUCUACCGCAAGCACUUUGGCGCCUCCGGGCUCCUCGACGCUCGCGUCGGGUACAUCGGCGGCGACGCUGAGCACCCCAUGUACCGCACCGUCUGCACUGGCCGCACUGGGCACACCGAGGCUCUGCAGGUCGUGUACGACCCGUCCAAGGUGUCAUACGCUCAGCUUCUCGAGUUCUUCUACCGCAUGCACGACCCCACGACCGCCAACCGCCAGGGCCCCGACACGGGCACCCAGUACCGCAGCGGCAUAUACUUUCACGGCGAGGAGCAGGAGCGCAUCGCCAAGGAGAUUACCCGCAAGGCCAACGAGCAGUGGUACGAGGGCAAGAUUGUCACUGAAAUUGUGCCCGCCGGCCAGUGGUGGGACGCCGAGGACUACCACCAGAAGUAUCUGCACAAGAACCCCUCUGGCUAUGAGUGUCCUAGUCACUUCUUGAGGACGUUCAAGCCCCUUGAGUGA